GUGACGUCAGUGGGCACGCAGAAGUAGAGGAGUUGAUACCAGUGAGCGUGAUGGACAGAUCAUGAAAGUCAGCAAAUUUCUCCACAUCUGAAAGAUCACCCGGACAAGUGACGAAUAUCUGUCACAUAUUCGAUACCAGAACCUUAUAUAAUGGACGUAUAUUGCUGCAGACGCUUUCGCUGUUUUGAUCCGAUUCAAAUUGACAGGAAUGAACAACUUGCUAGCCUUCGGUAAUGAUGUGCCCCGUGCUCGAGACGUUAGCAAGCUAGAUUCAAAUUAAAUGUGUUGUCAUUACUUGAGAAAAAAAUAUGUCGAUUUGAGAACAAAAUAUGUGGGGAUUACUGCCGACUACGGUCAAUUGACGAAAUCUGACUGAGUUGUGAAAGCCUAAAUGCUAACUAGCUUAGCACACCAGCAUUCCGAAACCAGCGUUAGCCAGCCAGCUAGCCAGCUAGGGACAAGGCACGGUUCUGUGCAGGUUGCUAUGGAAGAGGUGGCGCUAGAACCACCGACGGACGCGCUCUGUGAAUGUAAUGGAGGUAGAACCACCAACUCCGAAGAUCCCAGACCUAAAAGCCGACAUCAUCAACCCGAAUUCGGGCCGAACCCGAGUAACUUUUCUCGGCUGUGCAGCAGGGACGAGGCGGAGAGGGCAGAGGCGCUGGAAGAACUGACCCAGAGCGUCAUGUCCCGGUUGGGUCUGGACCGACCCGGUUCUGCUCGUCUCGAUAAACACACUCUCCUGCAGCUGCUGCGGGUCUCCCGGUCCUGCCCCUUACAGGAGGUCCGCGAGAGGGCAGCGGAACUACUGCGAACUGCACAGGAGCAAGGUGUUGAGAUUCCUCAGGCUUUGGCCUCCGGUCCUAGUGCCUUCAUCCCUGCACAAGUGAUUUUGGAUGAGGGACCAGAUCAGGAAGUUCUGAUAGAAGCCUUCCUCUCAUUGGGUCGUUUUGACCACAUCACCAUGGUGAUGGCCCUUCAUCCCACCUACCUCAGCUGCUUCCUGCGUACCCAGCAUGCUUUGCUGGAGCUGGAUGGCCCGCUACCCCGCCCCUGGAGGCACUACAUCGUUGUCAUGGCUGCAGCUCGUCACCAGUGUUCCUACCUUGUCCAACAGCAUAGUGCAGGGUUCCUGGAGGUGGGGGGGGAGGAGAGCUGGCUGGAGGGGCUACAACACACACACCCCAAAAUACGCUGCCUACACACACUUAACAAGCUGCUGGCACACAGACCCUGGCUCAUCACACAACAGCACAUACAGGAGUUGGUGUGUCCAGGGGCGGAUGAUCGUUGGUCAUUGGCUGAGCUGAUCCACGCAGUUGUUCUGAUGACUCACUCUCAUUCGCUGUCCUCCUUCGUUUGGGGGUGUGGCCUACACCCUGAGCCCGACCACAUAGGAGGCCACGCCUUCUGCCCACCAUCACCAUCCAAUAACAUGCCACAAAGCCCUCACAGUCCCGCCCCCGAGGACGGCAAGCCAGAGGAUGGAGUGACGGAGGUGGAGGCAUUGAUGAAGAGGAUGGUGGAGUUACAACAGCAGGUGGAGGAGUGUAGUCAGGAAGAGAUGAUCACUCGCUUUGAGAGGGAGAGGAGCGAGAGCAUACCUACUGCAGUGGUACGGGGAGCCCCCUCUGACCUGGUGUUGAGGUUAGUGGAGGAUCCAGAGUUCAUCUAUGAAGACUUCUCCAUCCGAGGAGAACAGUCACCUCCUACCAUGAGAGCACAGGACUACUCAUGGGAAGACCAUGGAUUCUCCCUAGUGAACAGACUGUUACCAGACAUGGGCCAAUUACUGGAGGAGAAGUUCCAGGUUGUGUGUGGUCUAACCUACAACAGGAUGGCGAUGCACAAGGAUGUGGACACACACACACUCCGCAAGGCUCUCUGGAACUACAUACACUGCCUCUACGGAAUACGGUACGAUGACUACGACUACGGAGAGGUGAAUGUGUUGUUGGAGCGAGGCCUCAAGAUGUUUGUGAAAACGGUAGCGUGUCAUCCAGAACAGACUACAGAUAGGAUCUACUCUGCCUACUGGAGACUCUUCAGACACUCUGAGAAGGUCCAUGUCAACCUGCUGCUGAUGGAGGCUCGACUACAGGCUGCUCUACUAUACACACUACGGGCUGUCACACGCUACAUGACAUGACUAUGGGCUGUCACAUGCUACCUGACAUGACUAUGGGCUGUCAAACGCUACCUGACAUGACUACGGGCCUGUCACACGCUACAUGACUACGGGCCUGUCACACGCUACAUGACAUGACUAUGGGCUGUCACACUCUACAUGACUACGGGCUGUCACACGCUACAUGACAUGACUACGGGCUGUCACACGCUACAUGACUACGGGCCUGUCACACGCUACAUGACAUGACUACAGGCCUGUCACACGCUACAUGACCUGACUAUGGGCUGUCACACGCUACCUGACUACGGGCUGUCACACGCAACAUGACAUGACUACGGGCUGUCACACACUACAUGACAUGACUACAGGCCUGUCACACACUACAUGACCUGACUAUGGGCUGUCACACGCUACAUGACAUGACUACGGGCUGUCACACACUACAUGACAUGACUACAGGCCUGUCACACACUACAUGACAUGACUACGGGCCUGUCACACGCUACAUGACAUGACUACAGGCUGUCACACGCUACAUGACAUGACUACAUGCCUGUCACACGCUACAUGACCUGACUAUGGGCUGUCACACGCUACAUGACUACGGGCUGUCACACUCUACAUGACAUGACUACGGGCUGUCACACGCUACAUGACUACGGGCUGUCACACGCUACAUGACAUUACUACGGGCUAUCACACGCUACAUGUCAAACGGGCUGUCACAUUUCUACAUGUCAAACGCAUGACUACGGACUGUAACACGCUACAUGACUACGGACUGUAACACGCUACAUGACUACGGACUGUAACACGUUACAUGACUACGGGCUGUCACACGCUACAUGACUACGGGCUGUCGCACGCUACAUGACAUUACUACGGGCUAUCACACGCUACAUGUCAAACGGGCUGUCACAUUUCUACAUGUCAAACGCAUGACUACGGACUGUAACACGCUACAUGACUACGGACUGUAACACGCUACAUGACUACGGACUGUAACACGUUACAUGACUACGGGCUGUCACACGCUACAUGACUACGGACUGUAACACGCUACAUGACUACGGACUGUAACACGUUACAUGACUACGGGCUGUCACACGCUACAUGACUACGGGCUGUCACACGCUACAUGACAUUACUACGGGCUAUCACAUGCUACAUGUCAAACGGGCUGUCACAUUUCUACAUGUCAAACGCAUGACUACGGACUGUAACACGCUACAUGACUACGGACUGUAACACGCUACAUGACUACGGACUGUAACACGUUACAUGACUACGGGCUGUCGCACGCUACAUGACUACGGGCUGUCGCACGCUACAUGGCUACGGGCUGUCGCACGCUACAUGACUACGGGCUGUCGCACGCUACAUGACUACGGGCUGUCGCGCGCUACAUGACUACGGGCUGUCGCACGCUACAUGACUACGGGCUGUCGCACGCUACAUGACUACGGGCUGUCGCACGCUACAUGACUACGGGCUGUCACACGCUACAUGACUACGGGCUGUCACACGCUACAUGACUACGGGCUGUCACACGCUACAUGACUACGGGCUGUCACACGCUACAUGACUACGGGCUGUCACACGCUACAUGACUACGGGCUGUCACACGCUACAUGACUACGGGCUGUCACACGCUACCUGACAUGACUACGGGCUGUCACACGCUACCUGACAUGACUACGGGCUGUCGCACGCUGCAUGACUACGGGCUGUCGCACGCUACAUGACUACGGGCUGUCACACGCUACAUGACAUGACUACGGGCUGUCGCACGCUACUUGACAUGACUACGGGCUGUCACACGCUACUUGACAUGACUACGGGCUGGCACACACUACAUGACUACGGGCUGUCACGCUACAUUACAUGACUACGGGCAGUCACACGCUACAUGACUACGGGGUGUCACACGCUACAUGACUACGGGCUGUCACACUCUACAUGACAUGACUACGGGCUGUCACACGCUACUUGACAUGACUACGGGCUGGCACACACUACAUGACUACGGGCUGUCACGCUACAUUACAUGACUACGGGCAGUCACACGCUACAUGACUACGGGGUGUCACACGCUACAUGACUACGGGCUGUCACACUCUACAUGACAUGACUACGGGCUGUCACACGCUACAUGACUACGGGCUGUCACACGCUACAUGACAUUACUACGGGCUAUCACACGCUACAUGUCAAACGGGCUGUCACAUUUCUACAUGUCAAACGCAUGACUACGGACUGUAACACGCUACAUGACUACGGACUGUAACACGCUACAUGACUACGGACUGUAACACGUUACAUGACUACGGGCUGUCACACGCUACAUGACUACGGGCUGUCACACGCUACAUGACUACGGGCUGUCACACGCUACAUGACUACGGGCUGUCACACGCUACAUGACUACGGGCUGUCACACGCUACCUGACAUAACUACGGGCUGUCGCACGCUACCUGAUAUAACUACGGGCUGUCGCACGCUACCUGACAUAACUACGGGCUGUCGCACGCUACCUGACAUGACUACGGGCUGUCGCACGCUACAUGACUACGGGCUGUCGCACGCUGCAUGACUACGGGCUGUCGCACGCUGCAUGACUACGGGCUGUCGCACGCUGCAUGACUACGGGCUGUCGCACGCUACAUGACUACGGGCUGUCACACGCUACAUGACAUGACUACGGGCUGUCACACGCUACAUGACAUGACUACGGGCUGUCGCACGCUACUUGACAUGACUACGGGCUGUCACACGCUACUUGACAUGACUACGGGCUGGCACACACUACAUGACUACGGGCUGUCACGAUACAUUACAUGACUACGGGCUGUCACACGCUACAUGACUACGGGGUGUCACACGCUACAUGACUACGGGGUGUCACACGCUACAUGACUACGGGCUGUCACACGCUACAUGACUACGGGCUGUCACACGCUACAUGACAUGACUACGGGCUGUCACACGCUACAUGACUACGGGCUGUCACACGCUACAUGACUACGGGCCCGUCACACGCUACAUGACUACACACAGUUAAUGUCUGAAUCCGACAGUUCAGAUUGAUCAUAAGUCAAUGUUGUGUUUAUUCUGCUCUGUGUAAUAAGCUGCCUAUUUUGUGUUUGUGGUUAUAAUGCUACACAUUAUAGAGUUAGGUUGAUCCAGUCAAUCAAUCCAAUCAUCUCACUGUGUUAAACUAUUAUUGUACUUGCUACUGUGUUCACAGUGGCUGUUACCAUUUAAUGCUUCAGAUCAUACAUAAGACAAUUGAAUGUAUGGUUCAUGUAUUUUUUAAAUGUACAAUAAAAGGUAUUUUGUUAUCAAAAUCAA